AUGGCUGAACUACGUGACCAGGUUUCCCAGUACACAGGCUUCGAACCUAACAAAAUUCGUCUCCCAAUCACAGAAGAGGAUAGACAGGUAUUUCGUAAAAUAAUAACAGAACAGGAGGGAAUGACAGAUAUUGUAAUAGAUGACUAUCUAUUUUUACAACAACAUGGGCAUAAUG